GGUGCUACAGGUAACUUUCGAAUGAGUGGUGUCUUAAUAAGGGAUUGGAUUUCUCAUGCAAAGUUUGCUUUUCUCAUAAAAAAGACAAUACCUUGGUCAAAAUCUCGUCUUGCAGAUGCUGAGAAAGUUGGAG